AUGUUUGACACUGAUGGCUCCGGCGCUAUUGGCAAUGAGGAACUGAAACAGGCGAUGAUCAGCAUUGGACUCCAUGCCAACAAGGCCGAAAUUGACAACGUCAUCAAAGAGGUCGACGCUGAUGGAAAUGGAGAAAUUGACUUCGAGGAGUUCUGUGCCUGCAUGAAGAAGUCGCAGAACAUUGUCAAAUCGACCAACGAGGAGCUUAUCCGCGAGUGCUUCGAAAUCUUUGACCAAGACCGUAAUGGAAUCAUCACAGAAAACGAGUUCAAGUACAUCGCCAAGGAGUUCGGAGACUACGAUGACGAGCUGGCUGAGAAAGUAUUCCGUGAAUUGGAUGUCUCGUCCAACGGCCACUUGUCUGCUGAUCAGUUUGCCACCAUCGUCGAAGACUACUUGCUCAGCGACCCCGUCAAAUACGAGACCGAUGGCGGAGACUCAGAUGUCGAGAGAUACGAAGAUCGUCGUGAUGACCGUGCCAGCCCGAUGCCAAAUCACUUGCCAACCGUUCAGGAAUGA